AUGUUCAAUAUAAAAUGCAGUUUGAUAAAUUCAAUUUUAUUAGACUAUCAAAUAUUCAUUAUCAAAUACAAGAUGUGUGAUACAAAAUUACCUAACUUUUUAGUAAAGUUGAAAUCAAUGCUUAAUGUAGUAUUAUUCAAUAAUUAUAGGAUUAAGUUAAUAGUCAUAUAAUUAGUUGGAAUGAAAAAGGAAGUAAAUUAAUUAUACAUGAAACUAAAUUAUUUAAGUAAAUAGUAUUACCAUAAUACUUUAAGUAACCUAAUUAUUCAAGUUUCUAAAAGUAUAUCUAAAAUAUAUAUAUUUAAGGUAAAUGAAUAAUUAUGGAUUUAAGAAUAUCAGAAUUUCAUCUAAUACUACAGAAUUUUAUAAUGAAAAUUGGACAAGUGAUUACAGAAAAAUUGAUAAAAUAAAGAGGAAAAGAAAGAUUGAAUUAGAAAUGGAUACAAAUACUUCUUUUCUAUCUCAAUUAAUGAUUUUGAAAUCUUGUUAAAUUUAAUUAAUGGAAAAUUUGUAAAAUAUUAAUUACAAAUAAACAAUCAUAAGUUAAAUCAUUUAUGAUUUACAUAUGAAAUCAUUAAAAUACUCAGAAUUAUUAUCAUAAUUUCUUGAUCUAUAAAUAUGA